AUGGUUUAUUCAAAGAGUAUAGAUGAGCAUGAGCAUCAUUUGAGGAUUAUCCUUGGGUUAUUGAGGGAGCAAGAGCUUUAUGCCAAGUUUUUGCAAUGUGAGUUUUUGCUAAAUUCAGUGGCAUUCUUGGGCCACGUGGUUUCAAACGACGGGAUCAUGGUUGAUCCUAAGAAGAUUGAGUCCGUUAGGGAUUGGGCAAGGCCCACUACAGUGAUUGAGAUUCAUAGCUUCGUUUGUUUGGCUAUUUACUAUCAUCGGUUCCUGAAAGAGUUUGCUUCUAUUGCUUCUCACCUUACCAGAUUGAUUCAGAAAGAGGUUCCUUUCCAGUGGUAUGAUGCCUUUCCAGUGGUCCGAUGCUUGUGA